AUGUCAGCUAAGAUUAGAGCUUCUUUAGCAUAGAUGUUAUUGGCUAAACUAUAGAGAAUAUCAACAUCAAGGUUAAAAGAUGGGUAAUUUUUUAAUAUAAUAACAAUGGAUAUUGCUGAUCUUGACUUAACUUGGUUGCUAGCAUUUAGCGGUGCCCCAAUAAUAUUUUGUGUCGGUAUCUACAUCUUAUUCUCAUAUUUUGGAAUUUCGUCAUUAAUCGGUGUUAUAACAUUAUGUAGUUUGAUGGUAUUUUAAAAGCACAUUACAACAUAAACAGGACCAUUGAAGUCAGAAAAGAGCAAGAUUCAAGAUGAUAGAACAAAAUUGACAGAAGAGAUUUUAAACAACCUCCCCAAAAUUAAGAUGCUGGGAUUAGAAUCAAUUUUCAGAGACAAAUUAUUGGCAAAGAGAUAAGAAUAAGAUAAUAAGAUGAGGGAAAUCCUAAAAAUUGAUGCCUUAGCAUAUUGUUUUAAUGGUAAUAUCAAUGUGUUUGUCAGUUUAUUCUUGAUGAUGUUCACUUCAAAAAUCCUCAUUGGUGACUACCCAUCUCCUGAUCAAAUUUUUAGUUCAAUUUGGAUCUUACAACUAUUUAAGGUGUGGUGCAUUACGUAUGGAUAAAGAGCAUACAAAUUGAUAAUUAAUUUACGAGUUCUAUAAUAGAGGAUCAACGAUGUUAUUUGUAUUCCAGAAAUAGAACCGAAAUUAUUAAAUACAAGACAAGCAACUAAAAAAUAAAAGAAAUAUCAGUAAAUAGAGGAGGAGGAAGCUGCAUCUUUGGAUACGGUGGAGGAACAACGUUAGGGCCAGAUAGAAAUAAUAAAUUACAGCGCUUAUUGGACAAAAUUAUAAGAAAUGUAAAAUCAACCAAUAUUAAAUAAAAUAAAUUUGAAAUUAGAUAAAGGGACAUUUAUUAUUAUACGAGGGACAGUAGGAAGUGGUAAGUCAUCAUUACUCUAAGCAUUAUUACAUGAAAUUCCAUUUUUCAGUGGUUAAUUAAAGAUAUAAGGUCAUGUGGCUUAUGUUGAACAACGACCUUAUAUCUUUUCAGGAACUGUGAGAGAGAACAUUCUUUUUGGUUGUCCAAAUAAUGAAACACAUUAUUUGAAUGUGCUUGUUUAGAGUGGUUUAAGAGGUGAUAAUAUUGACCCAGAUUUCAAUGUAGGUGAAAAUGGAUCUAAACUAUCUGGAGGGUAGAGAACAAGAUUGAGUUUUAGUAGAGCAUUGUAUUCAGAUUCAGAUAUAUAUUUACUCGAUGACAUAUUAUCAGCUGUUGAUGCAAAUGUAUAAAUGACGAUCCUUAAUACCCUAAGAUAUCUAAAGAGUCAAGGAAAGAUAGUUAUUUUGAUUUCCUCUAGGAUUGCUGAAUGUGAUAUGAUUUACAAAAUGCAGGAUGGAUAGCUCAUUUAAGAAGAAAUAAAUACGAACGAAAUUUAAUUAUUGUAACAGGUUUAAGAGUAGCCAGAAUAGUAGUAAGGAAUUCAAGAAGAAGAUGAAAUAUUAGAAGUAUCUAAAACAGUUUAUUAAAAAUACAUAGAUGAAGGAGGGAAAAAUAAAGCUAUGCUAAUUGUCUUCCUAUAUUUGUUUGAUGCUUCUUUAUCACUUUUGAUAAUUAAAUAAUUUGGUGAAUCCAAUUUAUUAAUUAAUUUUUUUCUGAUGAUUGUUUAUGUUUUGGUUAGUUUUACUAAGUUUAAUGAGAUGUUUGGGUUUACUAUCACUGUUAUUAAUAAUUUGCAUCGAAAAUUAAUAUCAACCAUUGUAAGAAUGAGACUAGAAAAUUAUACAAACAUAGGAAAGUUGAUGAGUAGAUUCACAUCUGACAUCAACAGCAUUGAAGGAUUGGUUAUGUUAGAUUUACAUUGGGUAAUUGAAGGUCUUAUCGAUAACAUAUUUGUUAUUUUGGUUAUUAGUCUUAAUAGUUAUAUCAUCAUAGUCUCAACAGCAUUUCUGAUCCUAAUGCUUUAUAUGAAAUCUAAGUUCCAUCAGAAAAUGAAAUAUUCACUUAAUUUAGAUGAUCAAUCCAGAGCUUAAUUAAAUUAAUCCUUACGUAGUUCUAUCAAUGGAUCCAUUUUAAUAAGAGUUUAUAAUCAAUAACUCAGAAUACAAUCAGAGUUUUUAUAAUAAACUUAUUCAAAUUUGUAGGCUUAGUUCACUUUUCUGAGACUUAAUGCUUUAUUGGCCUUUAUUAUUGAAUUCUCAUUGCACAUAUUAAUCAUCACUGUCUUAGCCAUUUUACUUUCAUCCGAAUACUCCAAAGAUGUCAUCGGUUUUUCUGUCCUAAUGCUGAUGCAGUUAGGAUAUAUGUUUUCAUUAAAUUUGAGAGGACAGAUCUUCUUAGAUAUAGACAUGUAGAAUUGUGUGAGAGUGUAAAAUACAAUAUAAUUACCAUCUGAAAAUUAUUCAGGAUCAAAAAUGAAUUAAUGGCCUACUAAUGGAGUUGUCGAAUUCCAUAAUGUGUAUUUAAGGUAUCCUAAAUCCACAAAAUAUGCUCUCUAAAAUAUCAAUUUUAAAAUCGAACAAGGUUAAAGUAUUGGAAUCAUGGGAAGAACAGGGGCUGGCAAAUCUUCAAUCAUUAAUUUACUAUUGAGAACUGUGGAUGUUACAAGUGGAACUAUUAAUAUUGAUGGAAUUAAUAUCAAUCAAAUCAACCUUUCUUAAUUAAGAAACACGGUUAUGGUCAUACCACAGUCAAGCAAUUUAUUUAACUAGACAAUUAGAUUUAACUUAGAUCCUCAUAAAACUUGCUACGAUGAAUAGAUAUGGGAUGCUUUAGGUAAGGUUAAGUUAGAUUCUGUAAUCAAAGAAUGGGGAUUGGAUUCGAUGGAUUACAAUUUGAGUGUUGGUUAAUAAUAAUUACUUGCUUUGGCCCGAGCUUUUCUCCAUGAUGCUAAAAUAUUGAUAUUUGAUGAAGCAACUGCCAAUAUUGACGAUGAAACCGAAGAAAUUAUUGAAUAGGCUUUAUGUAGUAUAACCGCUACAAAAAUAAUCAUAGCUCAUAGGCCUAAAAUAGUUGUUAAUUGCAAUUACAUCAUUAAUAUGCAAGAAGGAUAGAUAGUAAAUUAAUAAUGA